AUGGAAGGUAUUUUGUGGAAGUGGACAAAUUACUGGAACGGCUGGCAGACGAGAUGGUUCGUAUUAGAAAACGGAAUAUUAUCUUACUAUAAAUCUCAAGAUGAAGCUAGUCAAGGAUGUAAAGGUUCAGUGAAAGUUUCAGUUUGUCAAAUUAAUGUUAAUAAUAUUGAUAACACUAGAAUGGAUUUAGUAAUACCUGGCCAGCAACACAUGUACCUUAGAGCACCAUCUCCACAGGAUCGACAAAAAUGGUUGGUAGCCUUAGGUAGUGCCAAGGCAUGUUUGGAGUCAAUUGUUGAUUCAAAAGUGAUUGGAUUUGAAGAUUCCUUGAGUGAUAAGAAAUCAGAAUUGCAUCUUUAUUGUGAUUUAUUAAUGCAACAAGUGCAUGCUGUUAAAAGUGCAGCUAGCCAGGAAACUGGUCCUGACAUGGAGAAGCUUGAUGAAGCAUCAAGCUUAUUAAAAUCCACUUGUGACACAUUUAUUAGGACUUUAGAAGAUAUUAUGAAAUACACCACUACUGCCACCGGAAAUAUAACACCCUUUGAAAUUCCAGUACCUAAUAUAUGCAAAAAUAUGAAAACAAACCUUAAUAGAUCUCUAUCUCAGGAAACUAGAUAA